AUGCUGAGUAAAAGGAACAGGGAGGGGUCGCGAGGAGCGAUGGGGUGCGGAGAGAAAAAUCCGUACACAGGCCGAGUGCUGAGUUCCCGUUAUCAUGCGCUUCGCGGCGUCCGUGAGAAGCUCCCAAUUUUUGCCGCAAAACAAAAGAUUCAACGCCUCAUCAGUCGAUAUCAGACGCUGCUGCUGGUGGGUGAGACGGGGAGCGGGAAAACAACACAAGUACCGCAAUUUGUGCUGGAGAUGAACCCGGAGCAUGCCAUAGCGUGUACACAACCCCGGCGAGUUGCGGCAAUCAGUGUGAGUGAACGUGUUGCAGAGGAGUUGGACGUAACACUUGGUGAAGAAGUUGGUUAUUGCAUUCGUUUUGAUGACACGAGCAGUGACCGCACUCGUCUCAAGUAUCUCACGGAUGGUAUGCUCCUUCGCGAGGCCAUGGGUGAUCCCAUGUUACAGCGCUACAGCGUGAUCAUCCUUGACGAGGCUCACGAGCGGACGGUGCACACUGACAUACUUAUCGGAGCGGUAAAAGAUCUCCUGCACCGGCGUCCGGAUUUGCGCGUUGUGGUGAUGUCUGCCACGCUUGAGGAACGCCGCUUUCAGUCAUAUUUUCCAGAGGCCCCUCUGGUCCACGUUUCCGGUCGAAUGUAUGAUGUUGAGGUGUACAACUCACGGCUGCCGGAAGCAAACUACCUGGAGGCUUCCAUACGAACCGCUAUGCAGAUUCAUCUCUAUGAAGGGCCGGGCGACAUUCUUAUAUUUUUAACUGGUGAAGAUGAGAUUGAACAGGCUGUGGAGCGGUUGCGGUUGGGAAUACCCAUGGCGGAACACACUAACGCAGACUGUCAUAAGGGGCCUGUAGCGGUACUUCCACUGUAUUCCGCGUUGCCACCAAAGGAACAACGUAAGGUGUUCCAAGCGGCGCCAGAGGGUACACGAAAGAUAGUUGUCGCCACGAAUGUUGCGGAAACAUCGUUAACUAUUGAUGGUGUUGUAUUUGUUAUCGAUAGCGGGUUCUCCAAACAGAAGGUGUACAACCCAAAGUUGCGUGUUGAGUCGUUGUUGGUGACACCUAUCAGUCAGGCAAGUGCUCGACAGCGGUGUGGUCGUGCGGGGCGGACGCGCCCCGGGAAGUGUUUUCGACUUUACACCGCAAAGGCGUUUGAUACGCUCCUUCAGCAGCAGACAUACCCCGAAAUAUUACGCUGCAACUUAGGCUCAGUAAUUCUUCACAUGAAAAUGAUGGGAAUUGAGGACUUGGUGAAUUUCGACUUCGUGGAACCCCCAGCCCCGGAGACUCUCAUGCGGGCACUGGAACUGCUGAAUUAUCUUGGUGCCAUUAACGACGACGGCGACAUGACAAAAUUCGGCCGGCGUGUUGCGGAUUUCCCGCUAGAACCUGAAAUGGCCGCGAUGCUUUUGCACAGCCCCGAGUAUGGCUGCUCAGACGAUAUUGCACGCAUUUGCGCUAUGAUGUCUGUUCAAAGUCCAUUCGUUACACCGCGGAAUGAUCAGCGCGGAUGCGCCAUGCGUUGCAGAGAUCAGUUCUACCACCCAACUGGUGACCACCUGGCGCUGUUGAACGUCUUCAACGCCUUCUACGAGGGAAGUAAUCAAAGUGGGUCGUGGGCUUCUGAGAAUUAUCUAAAUCCGCGUGUCAUGAAGCAGUCGGUGAGCAUUUACCGCCAGCUAAUUGGUAUAAUGCGCAGGUUGAAUUUGAGCAUUUGCAGUACAUACUCUGCAGCACAGUGGGGAGGCGCUGGGGAUGGAGAAUCGGACGAAUACGCAAACGAGGUACGUCGAGCCGUGCUUCGUGGUUACUUCACGAAGGUGGCACUCUCACUUCCCACAAAGAACCAAUUUCUCACGCUAAAGGAUAACGUGAAGUGUCUCUUGUUCCCCUCUACCUUCCUUAACCGCCGCCCAAAGUUUGUUGUCUUCAACGAGCUUGUGCUUACAACAAACACAUACAUCCGGACUGUAACGUCGGUGUCAGAUGAAUGGCUACUGGAGGUGAAUCCAUUAUAUUUUGACCCAAGUGAAUUUGAAGGUGUGAGCAGACAAGUGUUUGAGGAGUUGCACCGCCGGAAUAACCGCAAUAACGCGGCCGAGAGGGACCAAAAUAAAGACUGCCUUACCGGGCACAAGCGACGACGUGGAGGAGACGCCCCAGACAACGGUGAUGAUGAUGAUGAUGAUGAUUCGUCUUAG